CAAAAAUAGCCGCACCAUUUGUAUUCAAAAGCGGAGAACAUAAAUUUACUGAAAAAUAAUCAAAGUGAAGAACGAAUAGGGAGAAGGAACGUAAAAUUCAACGACGGGGGGCAAAAUCUUCAAAGAGGGGGGACACGGAAGAGGUGGAGUCUGCUCCACAUUUGCCCUUGAAGAUGACGGACUUUGUGGAGCUGCUCAACAGCAUGUCCAGUACUUUUAACAGCGACUGCGCCACCAGCACCGCAGAGGGGGGCACGCUGCUCAAUCUGGACCUUGCCGAAGACAAGACGCUAAAGUGGCGCAAUCUGGCCAACAAUCAGUUUGCCUGCAAGGACAAGGAGAAGAAGCAGAGCCGCGCCUGCGAGGAGGUGCAAGCGGAGGCGGGGAAGGCAGAGGCGGACGCGGAAGCGGAGGAGCAAGCCAAGCAGAAGAGUAACCCAGAGGAGGAGACACUGUCCAAGGAGAAGAAAGGAGCAGCGGAACUGGUUCCGACAGAGGAUAUUGAGGAAAACAUCAAGGAACUGCUGGCGGAUGUGGUUGAUGCCGCGGCCGUGAAGCUGGAGGAGGAAGAAGCUGCAGCGGCGGAGGCUGCAGCAGCGGCAACACCUGAAGACCGCCUGCAGAAUGAAUCAAAAGUGUCAGCAGUGCAGGAUGAGCCAGCUAAAGAAGAGGAGGAAGAGACAGCAACAGAAGGACAGAAGGAGUCAGAAAGCGAAACAGCGGCAGAGCCACAAGCAGAGGCAGAGACAGAAGCUGCAGCAGAAGCAGCAGCAGGUAAACCUGAAGAAGAGGAGAAACAGAUACCCAACACAGCUCCCGCCAAAGCAGCUUCGUCAGCCGAGUGCGACGACGUCGGCGACGAGCGCAAUGCCGAAGUGAAAUGUAUCAACGACGAACGCAUUGCCGAAGAGAAGUGCAUCGGGAAUGCAAACGCUGGUGGAGAGGCGGCAGCUGCAGGGCAGGCACCGCCCGCCAAUGGCAGCGAUGACAACGCUGCAGCCACAACAGAAGAGGCAACAAGCAGUGGGGUGGCCGACGUCAGCCCAAUUACGGUAAAAGUGGAAAGGGAGCCUGGUAGCACGGGGAAGAUGGAUACGGAAGGCAUCAAGACUGAGGUGGCAAAGGAGAGGGAUCUACUUAUGCCAGAGCGGCGGGCAAAAGCGGUACCAAAGCAGAAGGAACUCGAAGAAUCAUCAGGAGCAGCAGCGACAGCCGAAGCUGCAGCAGAAUCCCCAUCACAAACAGCAGCUUCGGUUACAGAUACAGUCACAGCAUCAUCUCCGAUUCAGACUCCGGUUCCGGCUCCACUUGUUGUCAAUUCUGCCAGCAUUAGCGUUGACGUCGACUGCUGCGCUGACGCAACAGAUUCGAAUUUGAUGAAUGCUGCCACUGCUGGCAGCAACAGCAGCAGCGACCAGGCGGCAGAAGCAACAGCAGAACCACCAGCAGCAGCAACGAGUGCUGAUAAAAAUGAACAAAUUUCACCUGGCAGUGCGCGGCGCUCGCGUCGUACACCUCGACCCACGGAUAGCCACAUCCCCAGCAGUGCCAGUGCCACUGCCACUGCUGCAACCCCUGCAAUCCCUGACGAGCCACAGGCUGAGCCAGUGGCGGAGACAGAUGCUGCGCCGAAUGUCCAGGAGCUCAGCUCAACUCUGGAGGAGAGCAGCGAGGUGAGCAAUGUGAAGAAGGAGCCAGAGAAGCCUCCACAAAUGGAGGAUGCCACCUCCAGUAGCGGCGUGACCAGUACCAGAUCCCCGCCAGCACCCAAGCGGGGACGAGGUCGUGCAAAGAAAAUCAAAACAGAUGCCGAGUCGGAUGCUGCUCCAGCUGCAGUCAGCGAGACGCCGCCACUCAUGGAGGAGCCAGUCGUCGAGCGGAAGCCGCCUGGCCGCAAGCGAAGGCUGCCCGAGGAGCAGCAGGAUCAGCCGCUGGCCGAGCUAGUGGCAGUGAAGACGGAGCAGGAGGAGGCAGGGGAAACGGCUGCUCCAAGCGGUGAUGCCAAGCGGAUGCGACGCAGUGUCCGCCUGGGCAAUCGCCAUCCCGCGGACGGUCCCGCCUGGGACGAGGUCAAGACAGAGGCUCUGCCCGCGACGUCCGAACUGCUGCUGCCAGAGCUGGUUGGCAUUGCGGGUGGCGCCGCCGCCGCAGCUGCCGCUGUGCUGGACGAGAAGACGCCGCCGAAAAAGCGCGGACGGAAGGCCAAGAUACCGCCGGUAGCCAAGACGGAACCCCACACCUCAGCAUCGGCAUUGGCAUCGGGAAGCGGCAACUCCAGCACGUCUCUGCCCCUGAUAAAUGGGAACAAACGGACCGUGCAGACGGCCCAUGGGGGAGGCAUGGGAAUGGCUUCUAGCGAUGUUCAGCUGCCGAAGCGCUCCAAGCGACGGAUCAAGCCCACGCCGAAAAUCCUCGAAAAUGAUGAGCUGCGCUGUGAGUUCGAGACGAAGCACAUCGAGCGCAUGACCCACUGGGAGACAGCAGCUGAGGGUGACUCCCAUUUCGAGACGCCGCAGCCGUCUGGUAGCGGAGGAGGAGGCGGUGGCGGCGGAUCCAAUUCCUCCACGUCGCGUCAGAAGAGCGACAAGUCGGAUGGCAGCGGAUUCGAUGGGGGACAGCAUCCGGCCGGGACGAGUGCCAUCAAGAAGCGUCUCUUCUCCAAGUCCCUGCGCGACAUUGAGAACUCAGGAGCGGCCCUGCUGGCCAAGAGCCGCGUGAAGCCCAGCCCGGAUGUCGAUCAGUUCCUCUGCGACAUCAAGGCAGCCCGACUGACCGCUAACCGCUCCCCGGAGGAGCGCAAACUGAACAAGAAGCAGCAGCGAAAGCUGGCCAAGCAGAAGGAGAAGCAUCUGAAGCAUCUCGGCCUGAAGCGCAACAACAGCGAGGAGGCCUCCGACAACGAUAGCUCCAACACGGACAACGAGUUUGUGCCCACCACCCGUGUGCAGGUGGGCAAGCCAAGUGUCACUUUGCGUCUCCGCAAUGCCGCCGCCAAGGAGCAACAGCCCACGACCUCAGCAGCAGCCGCUGCAGCAGCGGCAGCGAUGGCUCCUUCAUUGAAAUCACAGCAUCCACCCCAGGCCACAGCGAAGUUGACACGCCGCGUGGCCGUUCGUGGAGGAGCUGCAGCUGGAGUUGGAGCGGGACAGUCACAGGCAGCAGGAAGAUCGGCAGCGCUGGAUGCUGAACAGCUUCACUCAUUAAACAGAUCCAUUCUGGCAGAUGUGCCGGCCGGAUCCUUGGACGAUGCUGGUGCUGAUGGCAUUCCCACAACCUCCAAGCUGGCACUGACCAAGUGCCUCUGUCUGUGCCAGAAGAGCUCUCAGUACUAUGCGCGAAAUGCACCGGACUCCUCCUACUGCUGUGCCAUUGACAAUGUGGACGAGCAGAAGAUCGGUUGCUGCAACGAGCUGCCUGCCGAGGUGCACAACUUGCUACGUCCCAGCCAGCGGGUGGGCUACAUGAUCCUCUGCGAUGAGCACAAGAAGCGCCUUCAUGCCCACAACUGCUGCGCCGGCUGCGGCAUCUUCUGCACGCAGGGAAAGUUUGUGCUGUGCAAGCAGCAGCAUUUCUUUCAUCCGGACUGCGCUCAGCGCUUCAUCCUCAACAGUCCCUACGAUGACCAACAGCGGCAGCAGCAGCAGCCGGGCGGAUCGAGAUCAGGGUCUGUCGGCAGCAAGUUCAGCAGCCCCAUGUUGGUGUUGAAGUGCCCGCACUGCGGGUUGGACACUCCCGAGCGCACCUCCACGGUGACCAUGAAGUGCCAGACUCUGCCCGUCUUUCUGGCCACCCAAAAGUACAAGAUCAAACCGGCCAAGCUGACAACCUCCUCGCAUUUGGCGCAGUUUGCUGGACCCGGCAAGGUGCCCAAUGCCAGCGCCAAGCCCAAGGGCAGGGCAUCAGCAUCCUCCACCUCUGGAUCCAAAGCGAACGGAACGCCGCGCGGCGCAAAGGCAGCCAGCUCGGGGAGCCAAAGUCAAACCAUCAAUUUCGAGCAGCUAAUACCCGACUCGGUGAUGAAUGUGGUGCUGCGUGGACACGUUGUAUCGGCUAGCGGUCGCGUGACCACAGAGUUCACCUCCCGCGACAUGUACUAUGCGGUGCAGAACGAUGAUCUGGAGCGUGUGGCCGAGAUUCUAGCUGCGGACUUUAAUGUGCUAACACCGAUACGGGAGUUCUUGAAUGGCACCUGCCUGCAUCUGGUGGCCCACUCGGGCACCCUACAGAUGGCCUAUCUGCUGCUCUGCAAGGGUGCCAGCUCCCAGGACUUUGUCAACAUUGUCGACAGCGAACUGCGAACGGCCCUGAUGUGUGCGGUGAUGAACGAGAAGUGCGACAUGCUCAAUCUCUUCCUGCAAUGCGGUGCCGAUGUUGCCAUCAAGGGGCCCGAUGGCAAGACGAGUCUACAUAUUGCUGCCAAGCUGGGCAGCGUGGAGGCCACGCAGCUGAUCGUGGACAGCUACAAGGCCUCACGGAACAUUACCAACUUUCUGAGCUUCAUCGAUGCACAGGACGAGGGCGGCUGGACGGCCAUGGUCUGGGCCGCUGAGCUCGGACACACGGACAUUGUGAGUUUGCUGCUGAACCAAGGAGCUGAUCCGAAUAUCUGCGACAACGACAACAACACGGUGCUGCAUUGGUCAACGCUGCACAAUAAUGGCCUGGACACGAUCACGGUGCUGCUGCAGGCAGGUGCCGACUGCAAUGUUCAGAAUGUGGAGGGCGAUACACCGCUCCAUAUUGCCUGUCGUCAUUCGGUGACCCGAAUGUGCAUAGCUCUCAUCGCCAAUGGAGCUGACUUGAUGGUGAAGAACAAGGCCGAACAGCUGCCCUUCGAUUGCAUACCCAACGAGGAGUCUGAGUGCGGCCGCACCGUUGGCUUCAACAUGCAAAUGCGCAGCUUUCGACCCUUGGGCCUGCGCACCCUGGUCGUGUGUGCGGAUGCCUCGAACGGACGGGAGGCGCGGCCCAUUCAGGCGGUGCGCAAUGAGCUGACAAUGUCGGAGAACGAGGAUGAGGCGGACACGCUGAUGUGGCCCGACUUUCGGUACAUCACCAACUGCAUCAUUCAGCAGAAUUCUGUGCAGAUCGAUCGUCGCGUCUCCCAGAUGCGCAUCUGCUCCUGCCUGGACAGCUGCAGCAGCGAUCAGUGCCAGUGCAAUGGCGCCUCCUCGCAGAACUGGUACACGGCCGAGAGUCGCCUCACCUCCGACUUCAACUACGACGACCCGGCGGUGAUCUUUGAGUGCAAUGAUGUCUGCGGCUGCAAUCAGUUGUCGUGCAAGAAUCGCGUGGUACAGAACGGCACGAGAACGCCGCUGCAGAUCGUCGAGUGUGAGGAUCCGGCCAAAGGCUGGGGCGUGCGUGCACUGGCCAAUGUCCCUAAAGGUACCUUUGUGGCAUGCUACACGGGGGAGAUACUGACCGCCCCAGAGGCAGAUCGCCGCACCGACGACAGCUACUACUUCGACCUGGGGCAUGGGCACUGCAUCGAUGCCAAUUACUAUGGCAACGUGACCCGCUUCUUCAAUCACUCCUGCGAGCCCAAUGUGCUGGCCGUGCGCGUCUUUUACGAGCAUCAGGACUAUCGCUUCCCCAAGAUUGCCUUCUUCGCGUGCCGCGACAUCGAUGCCGGCGAAGAAAUCUGCUACGACUACGGUGAGAAGUUUUGGCGGACAGAGCAUCGCUCCACACUGGGAUGCAAGUGCCUGACUGAGUCCUGCAAGUAUGCCAGUCAAUGCACCAGCACAAAUGCCUCGCCCACAGAGGCGACAACUGCAGAGGCAGCAGCUGCGGAGUCAGCCGAACCAGAUGCGGUUUAGACUUGGCAACUCAUCAACAUGCACACCCACCAAGCCAGACAUUGGACAGACAUCACAAGCAGCUCCAAGCAGCAGCCACAACAAGAGAUCCGCCAUAUACAUUCAUCUAUAAUUAUAGAUCCAGCAGUGACCAGUGCCGCUCACUGAUAUAGAUGCUAUAUGUACAUACAUAUAUAUAUGUAGAAACCAUUACCAUUACCAAUCGCAUCAUGAAUCGAAAUGAGAGGCACCCCGAACCAGCGAACCAGCGUAGUCAUUUCGCGGGUGCCUCUUCGACUGCCAAAUGUUUCAUGAUGAACGCAUUUUAAUCAUUCUUUUUUUUUUGUACAUGUAAAAUGUUUGUUAAUUAUUAUUUUUGUUUGUUUUCAUUAUUAUUGCAUGUUUUCGAGGCGGUAACUAAACCGUUAAGUGCUGCAAUCGCUGCAGCCUGGCCCAGCCCCUAAGUCCAUUUUUUCCAUUUGCUGUGUGUGCGCGUUGCUAGUUUUAGGGACUGGAGUGUAUCGAAGCGCAUCUAGUCAUAAGAAAGAGGGAGAGCAAGAGAGAUUGUAUACUCAACAGUUACAGUGCGUUUCAUAUAGCUAAUCAUUAGUAUAAAUCCAAGACCCCCCACCCAAGACGUACAGCUGUGAACCGCAUUUUACGUACUCGCGAUAGACACACUUACACACACACACCCACACGUGAAUGUAACAAUAAUAAUAAUCAGAAAAACAGCUAAAGCGGGAAUCCCAUGAGAGAAGAAAAAUUUUUUUUAUUUAAGAUAUGAAAAUUUGCAUUGCAACAAGAGAAGAAAUAUAUAUGUAUGUAUGUGUACGUGUACGUGUAGCCGAUAAGCAGAAUGAAUCAAAA